UAAAGCCUGAAAUUAUUGCAAUGAACCCGAACCAAAGAAAGCAAGUUAUCAAGGACUUCAUCGGCAAGAUCCUGACCAAGAACUUAAUCGGAGAGGAGCCUGGAAAGUUAGAGGGCUUCAAGGAAAGACUUCAGAAAAUAAUCGACCCUAACUCUCGUAAGUCUAGCUACGAAACCUCCCUUAAGAGGGUCAACGAAGUGCAAGAACAGAUGGAUGGCUUGGUAGACUACCUUGACAAAUAAAAUGGACUCUGUGCUUGAAAAACGUGAAAAAGAAUUCCUUUCAGCCUACCAAUCCCAUAUGGUUGAAGUCCAGAAUGAGCUCCUACAUCUCAAGAGGAAGGCCAAUGAGAAAGAACUUCAGUUACAACAGGACGAUAAAAUACUUUCUCUGGAGCAAGAGCUUGCUUGGAUUCGUGAAGAAACUAUGAAGGCUCGUGAGGAAAUUGACAACCAAGAAGCACUUAUCAAGGAUUAUAAAGAAGAGCAGCAAGAGUUACAGGAUGAUUCCAGAUUUCUCAAAAUGAACCUCAAGCAACUGCUAAAAGAUAAGCUGUUUGAAGAAGCAAAAGAAUUACAAGAAAAAGAUGACAAAAUCUCUAAAGAUGAUUCAGUUAAAAUACUUAAGAUUGAGGAUGAACAGCCUGUUGAGGAAGAAAAGACCUUCAAAACUAAAGAGCAGGAAGAGCCUCAAGAUGACCAACAGGAGGCCAACCCAGAGAUAGCACCUCAUAAUGAGAGCAUACUUGAGGAGGAUGCUAAAUCUAAUGAUUCUAGGAAGAUGGUCAUGAGUACAAUGCCACUCAAAACAGAAGAUGUCACUAAAAUUGACUAUAUUCUAACAGAGCUGUUCGAAAGCGGUCGUCCAAAGGCUGAAAUUCUCGCAGAAGUGAGGAAAUUCUGACUUGAAAACCAGAUGAGGAGAAAAAGAGUCCUUCAACUACACAAAAGAACACUAGAACAAAAAGCAGUCCAAGAAACUCCCAAAUCGGCUGAAAGUCAGAAAAAUCUUAUCUACUUCAUGCAGUGUGUGGAAAGAGUCAAAAUGGAGGUAAAUUCUAGGAAGAGAUGUGACCCUGAUUCUUUGAGAACUAAGAAUAAAGUCAGCCUUUUCAACACAUCUGAUAAGAGGAGAAUUAUGGAGCUUCUUUUGUAUAAAGAAAAUAUCCUAACAAAAAUCCUCCUGAAAAUAUUCCGCAAGAUGAAAAUCAAGGAUCUUGAGAGAAAGGUAGAAUACGAAAGAAGAGCAAGCAAAUACCACAAUUCUGCAAUGGAUACCACAUUUAAAAGAACUGGGAUAGCACAGAGUAGCAGGGUAGGCGAAUUUGGCUACUCUAGGAGAGAGCCACGCUCGUACGAGAACUCUCAAAGGAUGCCUUAUAAGUACUCAAAAAUCUCUAACAGCCACACACCUGCUUCAAACCUAAUCAGAUAUGAUGCCUCGGCUCCGGUACACAUGCUCAAUAGAGAAAUUGACUUAAAAGAAGGAGAAAUUCCAAGCUUUGAGAAAUAA